AUGGCCGGGAAUGCGUGGAGGUCAGCGAUUAACCUACUCAGAAAAUGGAGUUUAUCGAUCAGUGGCCAGGAUAAAAUCAAGGCAAAGGAAGCGCAGCAUGUGGCACGCGCCUUGAAGAAAGAGACCAGGGCAUUCCCUCGUGGGAUGCACACUGUAACUUUGAUCCCCGGUGAUGGAAUAGGACCAGAGAUCUCCACUGCUGUCAUGAAAAUAUUUGAGGCAGCUGAAGCACCCAUUCAGUGGGAGGAGAGAAAUGUUACAGCCAUCAAAGGUCCUGGGGGGAAGUGGGUGAUUCCUGCAGAUGCCAAAGAAUCAAUGGACAGGAACAAAAUGGGUCUGAAGGGUCCAUUGAAGACACCAAUUGCUGCUGGUCAUCCCUCCAUGAACCUUCUUCUGAGGAAAACCUUUGACCUCUACUCCAACGUGCGGCCUUGCGUUUCUAUCGAGGGUUACAAGACGCCCUACACGGAUGUGAAUCUAGUCACCAUCAGAGAGAACACUGAAGGGGAAUACAGUGGAAUUGAACAUGUGAUUGUCGAUGGAGUUGUGCAGAGUAUUAAGCUCAUUACAGAGCAAGCCAGCAAACGCAUCGCAGAGUACGCAUUUGAAUACGCAAGAAACAAUAAGAGGACCAGUGUUACUGCUGUUCACAAGGCUAACAUUAUGCGCAUGUCUGAUGGCCUCUUCCUCCGAAAAUGCAGAGAAGCUGCUGAAAAUAACAAAGAUAUUAAAUUCACUGAGAUGUACUUGGAUACAGUGUGCCUCAAUAUGGUGCAGGAUCCAACACAGUUUGAUAUUCUGGUGAUGCCCAAUUUGUAUGGAGACAUCUUGAGUGACCUUUGUGCUGGACUUAUUGGAGGACUUGGUGUAACCCCAAGUGGCAACAUUGGUGCCAAUGGAGUUGCCAUUUUUGAGUCUGUUCAUGGAACUGCUCCCGAUAUAGCAGGAAAAGACAUGGCUAACCCCACUGCCUUGCUGCUGAGUGCAGUCAUGAUGCUGCGCCAUAUGGGCCUACACGACCACGCAAAGAGGAUCGAGACCGCCUGUUUUGAUACCAUCCGAGACAAAAAGGUGCUUACUGGAGACCUCGGAGGGAAGUCAAAGUGCUCCGAAUUCACGGAGGCAAUAUGUCAACGAGUGCGAGAUCUCUAA